GCCUCCUUCCCACAAGGCCCAGCAGGGCCGCCCUCACACCUGCCUCGCCCUGCCAUGUCCUGCCCGGCCCCACCCUGCAGCGUGGCCUCUGUCACACCCCACGGUGACGUGCUGAGCGUUCCACCAGCCAUUGUGACGCCACAGGGGCCAGUCGGGCACGGCUUUGUUGGUGCCCCGAGCCGGCGCUCAGAGCUGCUGUAGCCUCUCGGGGAGCAGCAGCACAUCCCGUUCUGGGAGCAUUGCGCGUCUGUAUCGCCGCCUUGGUAGCUGCAGGCCACGACCGCUGCGCAGGGCGACCUCGUCUGCCUUGUGCUUUAUACCCCGUGCCCGUCCUUAUUCUCGUCCUUGUCCCCUUUGUCACCCUCACCCUAAACCUCACCCUCGUCCCAUUCGUCAUCCCUACCUGGCACCCGGCAGCCCGCCGGGGGCUUCUUGCACUUCCUGCUGCUGGUAGCUCCAAGCAGGGCCAUGCCGUGGCUUCUCUGCAAGAAGCGACGGCAGUCGCCAUCCAGCAGCACCAGUGGGCAGCCCUGGGCUGCCACCAGCUCCACCAGCGCCUCCGAGCUCAGGGAGAAGGGGCUGAGCAGGCUGCACCGCGCGGCCGCCCACGGCGACCUGGCCUGGCUGAGGCGCUGGCGCUGGUAUGUGAAGGUAGUCGGCAUCGACAGGCGAGACCAGGAGAUGCGGACACCUCUGCAUCUCGCUUCGGCAAAUGGCCAUGCAGAUGUCGUUAGAUAUCUGAUAAGAAAGAACAGCCAGCCGAACCUCGCUGACAACUUCAAGAGAACGGCACUCAUGAAGGCAGUACAGCAGGAGCAGGAAGAAUGUGUUGCUAUUCUGCUGGAACACGGUGCCGACCCGAAUCUGGCAGACACUGACGGCAACACUGCCCUUCACCUGGCUGUCCUAUCUAAAAAUACAGCUGUAGCAGGGCUGUUACUCGAGCAUAAUGCCAGUAGUGAUGCUCGGAACCAGAGGGGAUUUACUCCCUUAAAACUUGCAGCCCUCCAACAGCAUGAGGAGAUGCUGGAGUGCCUUCUGAAAAAAGCAGCUGACAGGCAUGCUCAAGCCCAAUGUGAAAGGACUGCUCUUGUGGAUACUGGAACCCAUGAGGCUCACCCGGAGGAAGAUAAUCUGCGCUUGCAGGAGGAGUUGGACAGGGCUGACGCGGAGCUGCGGGAGGAGGAAGAAAAGCGUCUUCAGUCUGAGCAUUGCGUUCGUGACUCGAAGACUGCCUUGGAUGAUAAGGAAAGAGAAGCAGUAACUCCUUCCCAGAAACUGCAGGACCUCCUGUUGGCAUCUUCCGAGACUAAUACCACUCUUAAACAACUGGAAGAACGCGUGCAACAGUAAGAGAGUAACACAGUGAAGCGAGGUGUCUGUCGCUUUGGGGGAUUGGGUGGAAACAAUGG